GCACGCAUGCGCAUUAACACGUGGCACUCAGCAAUGGCAGCGCAAACUUUUCAGCAAGAAUACAUGCAGAUGCCCCCUAUAACUAGGGCUUAUACUACUGCAUGUGUCCUCACUACAAUAGCUGUUAAAUUAGAUAUAAUAACACCACUACAAUUAUACUUUAAUCCAGAUUUGAUUUUCAAAAAGUACCAAAUAUGGCGGCUUCUUACCAAUUUUAUGUAUUUUGGACCUAUUGGCUUCAAUUUUAUUUUCAACAUAAUUUUCGCCUAUCGUUACUGCCGUAUGCUGGAAGAAGGGUCAUUUCGGGGACGUACAUCUGACUUCUUUUUUAUGUUUCUUUUUGGAGGAUUUAUAAUGAUUAUCAACACAAUACUGAUUGGAAAUAUCGCCUUCUUGGGAAAUGCCUUCACUAUAAUGCUGGUGUAUAUCUGGAGUCGACGAAAUCCCUAUGUCAGAAUGAAUUUCUUUGGUCUUCUAAAUUUUCAGGCUCCUUAUUUACCAUGGGUACUCCUGACAUUUUCUCUCCUGUUAGGUAACUCUGUUGCUGUAGAUCUUAUGGGAAUUUUGGUUGGCCACCUUUAUUUUUACCUUGAAGAUGUAUUCCCUCUACAAAUGGGUGGCUUCAAAAUAUUGCGAACUCCUCGAUUUCUUAAAUAUUUGAUGGACACAACUGUUGAAGAUCCAAAUUACCAGCCAUUCCCAGAGGACCGUCCAGGUGGGUUUGAUUGGGGCAAUAAUGGAAACUAGAGAACUAUUGUCUUGGUUUUCUUUUUUCCUCCAACUUAGAACUGAUAUAAAGGAGUCUGAUACAAUUUCAGCUUUCUGAAGACAACUGCUUUCCCACAGCAUUGUGCCUUCCGCUUCACUUCAUCUUGGCACUAAUGUUAUAUGUGGUAUUUUCUAAAGCAAAUGACUUCACUCCUCCAACCUGACUGAACUACAUCUCAAAUUUAUACAGCUAUUCUCUUUUGGAUAAAUUUGUAUACUUUUGAUAAGGGUUAUGAUAAUAACAACUCUAAUUAGCUUUGUUGACAUCUUGUGAACUUACUGAAAAUACUGCAGUUUUUUAAAACAUUUCAUGCAGACACUCACAGAUGUGUACACACCCAGAUACAUACUUGGAAAAAAUCCCUACACUAAUACAGACAGUAUAUUACACACAUUCAAUAUUGUUUAUUUAAUUAUUUAUUUAAUUAUGAAAGAAAAAGUAAAAAAAAAAUAAACUUUCUAUUGUAGUAUAAAAUAACCUCUCGUCUGAUGGACAUUUUUUGUUUUUGUAUUCACUUUGAGUUGGUUUAUUGAUAACCCUAUGAAUCCUUAAAUUGACAUCAUUUCUGAGAUCAGCUAAAUGGUGAAAUAUGUGUGUUCUCAAGUACUUGUAUCAUGAAAACUCAAAGAUUUUGAUUUACUUCCUUCAUCCCUGCCAGCUACUGUUGAACCUUUUGAAAAUCAGAUGAUGUUUAUGCUAAUGUGAUAUAUAUAUAUGAAAAUUGUUAAGAAUUUGCUUUGGUCAAGUUCUACACAAAGGAAAAUGUGCUUAGGGUUACCUCUAAGUUGGGAAAGUAUGUAAGAACUAUAUGUAAAUAAUAGCGUGUGUAGGUUGCCCCCGAAGAGAAAAUGACGGAAAAAUAGUCUAGUGACUGUUAAAGACAAUCUAAUAGUUUGGAUAAUCAUCAAAAACUUAUAAAUAUCAUAUUGUUUUCUUACAACUAUCUUAGUCACCAAUGUAGUUACAAAGCUUUUGGAAUAAUACUCUGUUACCAUUAGGCUCUGCACUCUUUCCUCAUUUUCCCGAAUGCUUCCAGAUGUUUAUUUGUGAUAUAUGUAUAUAUUGUAUAGAAUAAUUCAUAUUUAGGAGUCUUCUCAUAUACCUAUUGUAAUUAUGUUAUUUAUUUGAAAUAUUUAAUAAAUCCCUAUAGAUACUAUAUCGUUUUACACAUACAUAUUUGACUUUUCUGGCAGAGCAAAGUGACCAUUAUAAGACUGGUAGGGAAUCUUCAGUUUCCUUUGUUUGAUUUUUAAAAGGAUGUAAUUAAGAUGGUAUUAUUUUUCCAAAGAAUGAAGGAAUGUUUACUUUGUAAACUUCUUUUAUUUGUUUUAGUUGUCUUUACAGAAAUCUAUUAUUGUUGCAGUACUUCACUUAUAGCAAUGUGUUGUAUAUCUUGUAAGGUUGUACAUAUAGUGGUCUGCACUAGUGUUAUGACAAUAUUAAGAAUAUGAAAUAAUUUUGUAUUCUAUUCUCAGUUUUCUUAAUUCUAUAAAACAAUCCUAUUUCAACUGCUAAGAUUCAAGUGCCAUAUUUAUAGAGGUAGAGAUCCUCUUGCCUGAGCUUUGUUAACUUCAUUUAAUUGGAAUGGAUAGCUGUAAAUACCUGAAAGGAUAAUUACGACAGCUUAAAAUUAUCAGUUACUUUUUAAAGUCAUCUGCUUAUUUAGAAAAUGCUAUGUUGCAAAAACAAACUAAAAACGGGUUCCAUUUUACUUGUCAGCGCUUCACCUUAAAUAAGCUAUGAUGCUUUAUCAUAUUUGUAGAAUUAUUCCAUACUAUUUUUAAUUGCCAUUCUUAAAACUUUGGUCUUGGGUCUAUGCUUCUACCUCAAUGCUAGCUGGAUUUUCCCCCAUGGACCUUUGGUUAUUGAUCCAUAUUAAGUUUUGGUAAAGAGAAUUUGUCUUGUAACUGAUAACUAGAAAUAAUUGUUGUAGGGCAUUUCUGCUGUGUAAUUCCAUGUUAUUUCCCACAAUCUUACUAAUUUUAAAUUUGAAGGAUUUUAUGUUUCCCUUUCAAAAUGCUAUUAUAUCUAGUUUACAGCCUGUUAAUCCUUUUUUUUUUAUUUUGUCCCAUUUCCCCUUGAUGAGCCAAUAAUAAUUAUGAUUUGCUGCAAUGAAUAUCAAACAUUGUACUGAGGCCCAAUAAGGAAAUACUGUUGACUUCAUGGCUUAAUCAUUCAUGUCUUAAAACUGAGCCUUUUUUUUUUACUUCUUUAAAUUAAAAAACAAUAGUGAUACAAAGCCUGAUAAUAAGGGCUCUUUAGUCUCAAUAAAUUUGGUAUGCCACAACCUAUUUUUAGAUACAUCAGCUCUUGCAGUAAAUUGUAUUGCCUCAUCCUAAUAAUCUCUCCAUUACAACCCUCUUCAGUUGAAAAUUUACAUGCAAAAUGCCACAAGUCUUUAUUUAGCUUCAUUGCAGCAGAAAUAGAGAUGUUUGUAAUUUAGUGAAUUGAAUGUUUAACAAAAUGGUUUUUAAAGGGUUUAUUCUGUGGAACGUGAGCAAGUUUAUUAUGUAAACAGGGAGAGUUACAAAAGCUAAGUGAAUAAGGUAAUCUAUUCCACAGCUGUAGAGUUGUGGGUCAUAUACUGUCUUUUGCCCCAACUCACCAAGCAGAAAGUGGAGGAGUACUGAAAUGGAAAUUACUAAUUGAUUUGGGGGUAUACUAUGAUGAGAGUAAAUCCUCAUUUAUGGAAUGAAAGAUAAUUAUAAGUAGAAUAUUACAUUUACUAUUACAAUAAUGAUCAUAAAUUCAAAAAUAUUUUUGUGUUUUUCUUUUAUUAAUUAAAAUAUCAAAUUCUUUAAAAAGUCUGAAAUUAAAAAGAAAUUAUGGAUUUAUAAUUAUAAUUGCAAUAACAUAUUUAAGCUGUAUCUUAUUUAUUUUUCUCGAGGAUGAAGAAAUGUUCCUUCCAAAGGUUUCUCUAUUUGUUAGGGAGUGGGUGUCAGAAACAGCUAGAAGUUAUGUUCAUACUUUCCCAAGGAGAUUGGGGAAAUAUAUGUGCUAAAGUCUCCAACUGAGGAUGAAAUAUAGAUUGGGAUUAUUUUUGCUGGAAGCAUAACACCUUUUUUUGUCUUUUUUAGAAUGCUACAACAAACUAUUUAAUGAAUUAAAAGUUUUUCUUCUUUAAAUUGGUUACUUGUUAAGGAAUUUGGAUAUUAAUUUCGAGCUUGUGAGAGAAACAGUAUUUAAAAAUUGAUAUUCAAUCAUACCUUUUAAAUAUUUACCAUCUCUCUUGGGGCUUUUCCUAUUGGAAUUAUACUACACCUUUCUAUGUAGAAUGGCAAUUUUUCAGUUGUUACAUGAAUCAAUUGUUACCUUAAUCUAGUGAAUAACUUUCAUUGGUUUUUCACUGGAGUAUGCUGCUAACAUUAAGCAGGAGUGCUACAACAAUAGCUCUACCAUAGGCUUGGAACAUUCAUAUUUAAAUUAACUUCUAAAAGAAAAUCAGUUGUGCCACAUUAAGGUAGAUGAGUUUUAUACUGUCAUGAAAGGGGUAGAUGAAACAUCUCUAUAAUACGAUAUUUCACAGGUUCAAAUCAAUGAAAUAAAACUUCCAGGAAUUAUGUAAAUGGUGUUGAGGCAGUAUGUAUUAUUUGAAAAAUUUGAUACCAUGUUUUCAUGUUUCUAUGUUCUAAGAUGGAUAAUGUGUUUCUAUUUAUUUUAAACAAAGGUUAUCAAAGAAAGGCCCAGACUGAAGCUUUUAAUGCUGUGUUUUAUAUAUCUUGUAGCACUAUCUCUGUUUAGUUCUUUGAAAUUAUUUCAGUAGCUCUCUCAUUGGAAUAAUAAUGUCAGGCAAAAAUUAUCUUUGUUAGACAUGUCAUGUAUGUGUUCUUUAAAUGUUAUUCAUAAAUCCCUUUCCUCAAAUUUAAAACAAAGUCCUUAAUUCAGUAUAUUUUUUUAAAUAUCUCAAUUAUUUGGAAUAUAUUUUAUUAAAUAUUUUUUCUAACAACCAAAUCUCUAUAUGAUCAAUAUCAUUUAAAAAAGAAAAUGUCUUUUUUCCUCGUGUAAAUGGGUCUUAUCUGAUAUCCUUCAACAAAUAACUUAAUAUUUAGACACUUCAAUCACAUGACAGUUUUAUUUAAAUUUUGAUUUAAAAAAUUAAACUGGUGUUAUUAGAUUUAUUUUUUUUUAGUUAUUUGCUUAGAUUCUUCUGUACAAUGUGUUUCGUUCUCGUUUUGUCAAAAGUGAAACAUACAUAACACUCUUUACUCGGCUGUUUAUUCCUUUUGUACCUAAGAAAAAAAAACAUCAUUGUCAGCUUAUUAAGCUACAUCGUAAGUUGUAUAUAGCCUGUAUAAUAAAAUUUUCAUUCAGAAUUUCUUGGAAAA